CAAGUCCAGCCCAUAGUAUUACUGGAUAGAAAUGUAAGCCAGUCCUCCUUGCCAUGAGGAAACAGAACGCAAAUUUACCCUCUUGCCACUAUCGUUAUUACUGCCAAACCGAAACAGUAACUUUCCUUUCUCUUCGAUAAGAGUUUGCAGAAAAGGUAGAACUAGACGCAAACCUGUCAGAAGGCGUAAUCUAGAUAUUUUUGUUGUCACUGGUGGAAUAAACGCAAUGGAACCUGCCUUUGGCGAGGUGAAUCAGCUCGGCGGUGUUUUUGUCAAUGGCAGACCACUUCCCAACGCCAUCCGGCUCAGGAUUGUUGAACUGGCCCAGUUAGGCAUCAGGCCUUGCGACAUCAGCAGACAACUCCGUGUAUCCCAUGGUUGUGUCAGCAAGAUUCUGGCCCGGUACAACGAAACCGGCUCCAUACUCCCGGGGGCCAUUGGAGGCAGCAAGCCGCGAGUCACAACUCCUACUGUCGUCAAACACAUACGGACCUACAAGCAAAGGGACCCUGGUAUUUUCGCUUGGGAGAUCAGAGAUAGACUUUUGGCAGACGGUGUGUGUGACAAAUUCAAUUUACCCUCCGUCAGUUCUAUUAGUCGGAUUCUUCGCAACAAGAUCGGAAAUCUGUCGCAACAAAACCAGUACGAGUCGAUCAAACAGGCGCCUCACCCUGCACCUCAGCCUACGCCCCCGUACAACCACAUUUACCCCUACCCGACUCCCAUCGCGGCCACUGCGGGUAAAGUGCCUACCCCGCCUUGCAUGCCUACCCUUCCUGGACACAUGGCAAUGCACAGGAUAUGGCCGUCGUCGCACUCUGUCACCGAUAUACUGGGCAUUCGAUCAAUAACCGAACAACAAAUUAGUGACAAUCCGUCCUUUCCCAGUGCCAAACUAGAAGAAUGGAGCGCAAUAAACAGGAAUAAUUUUCUGCCAGCAAGCUCUGCACUAGUCAAUGGCAUGGAUAAGCCGCACUUAGAACCAGAGGCAAAAUACACACAGACGCCGAGUGGAUUGCCCACAGUGAACAGUUAUGUCAUGGCCCCCAGCAUGCCGGCAUACCACCCAGUCACCCAAGUGUCGCCCUACAUGGGGUACAGCGCCACCACCUCGGCCUAUGUGACCGGCCCCACGUGGCAGCUGGCCAAUGGCAGUGCUCUCUCUCCCCGCAGCUGUGACAUCACCGCUCCGCUGGCCUUCAAAAGCAUGCCGGGCACCCGUGACGCUAUUCAGCCCGUUACUGCCUCUGCCUUCUAGCCGUGUGGCUCUGGGACGUCUGCAAGUGCAUCGGUGGGAGAGGCCAGUAGGGAUGGGAAGCUGGUUCACUCCACUAUCUCCUGUUCCACCUUAUUUAUAUAGACACACAAAGACUUGUUUCAAUUUCCAGCUCCGUCUAUAGUACUGAAAAUGCUCCGCGAGGCCACCAGCCCACAGAACCAGCUCUCUGCAACUUUCUGGACAGAGUGAUGUUUCAGUGGAGAAAUGCCUCUUCAGCCAGUGGACACUUCUGCGCCUUUCUAAGGCCCAGCUAAUGGAAGUGGACCCAGUGCAUUGUGGGACUAAGACCCCUCCAGCCCAUUCAUCCUGAGAUACGGCCACUUCGAUACUAUUGCCAGAGUGAAAUUGAAAGCUUUUUCCUUUUGUUUGCAUUUUCCUAUCACUUUUACUAAACAAGACUAAAUUAAUACAUUUUUUAAGCUACAAUGUCAAUUUGCAUCAUAGAUUUUUUGUGGAUGUUAAUACUUAUGGAUAAUUGGAAUAUGUUGGCCUUUGUUACAUUGUCCAAAAAGCACCAGUCUUACAGAAGACGUUUUUUAAAUAACUUCUCUUCAAUAUAUCCAAGACUAUCCAAGAGAAGUUUUUCAUUUUUAUUUAUUCCACUGUAAGGUACGUCGACCAAAGUGCAAUUGCAGCAAGAAGGUUUGUACUCGGUUCCUGUUACAACGUGGCAUUUCUACAGGCAUUACGAUACCACCAGCUUUGUUUUCUUGUGCUGAAAUUACAUUAAGGGCAGUAAAGCUGCACAGCUCCAAAUGUUGCACAAUGAAAUUGAAUGUAUCUAAUUAAAGUAAUGCUUGACAACCAACUGUUUGUAGAUGGCUGAUGGGGAAUUUGUCAAAGGUUGCAUUUAUUCAUCCUGUCCAUUUUAAUAAACUUUGAGUAUCAGUGCCAUUAAUAAUGUGGGUAACUGGGUUAUCAACAGUACUAAAGAGAUUAAUCCUUAUUCACUAUGGAUCCACUAACAGAGCACAUAGAAUCAGUGCAUUUAACAAUAAUUUAAAAUAUUUAUGAUGUCCAAAUGCCUAAAAUGGACAUCAUAUCCUCUUAGUUCCAGCAUUACGGCAUGCAAAGACGUCUGAAAGGAAGAUACUGCAUAUGUCUGUUCCCAAACCUCAUGCUGUACUUGACUAAUGACAAAGCUUUAAAUUCACGUGUACCUGUGUUUAUAAAUACAAAUUGCCAAAUUUAUUUUUUUUAAA